CUGACAUGAACCAAGUGGAUAUUACGGACACGGAACAAUUUUUAAAAAAACGACACACUUCAGUCUUUGUGUUAGCCACACCGACCCGUAGUAGAAUGAGUAUCCCUGACAGUGGGCUUUGGAGGCGGGGUAACCGGUGAUAUUGUCUUUGGAGUUGAACCUUGUUCAACAAACGCUCUGCCCAUUGCAUGCUCUCCAACAGCUACACCGCGAAGCCGUAAAGGGAAGGCUUGCUUUAUUUGACUUUCCCUUCUCAUUCGACGACAGCUUUCUAAGACUGCUAUGACGUCUCGCAGUGCUCCAUGCCUGAUACGGGGAAUUGAAGGGCCUGGUAGUUGUCAAAGGAAAUUCUUGGAAAGCCCUGCGUCACUCCUGCAGUCGUGUUCUGUGAGGAUAUAAAGAGAGAUGAGGAUGAUAUUUGUAACACGAGGACACCACAGAAAGGGCCUACUUCAGGUGGUUCCACCCCAACAUCACCGGCAUCGAGGCAGAGCAGCUCCUCUUGACCCGGGGGGUCCACGGCAGUUUCCUAGCCCGGCCAAGCAAGAGCAACCCGGGAGAUUUUACUCUCUCUAUCAGGCGGAACAAUGAGGUCACCCACAUUAAGAUCCAGAACUCAGGGGACUACUACGACCUGUAUGGAGGGGAGAAGUUUGCUACGCUAGCAGAGCUGGUGCAGUACUACACAGAGCAGCACGACCUCCUCAGAGAGAGGAACGGAGACGUCAUCGAGCUCAAGUACCCACUCAACUGUAAGGACCCAACCUCCGAGAGGUGGUACCACGGGCACCUCUCUGGGCGCGACGCUGAGAAGCUGCUCAUGGACAAGGGCAAGCCUGGCAGUUUCCUGGUACGGGAGAGCCAGAGCAAACCAGGUGACUUUGUGCUCUCUGUCCUCACCAACGAGGAGAAGCACGAGAACGUAGACCGCAAGACCAAGGUCACCCAUGUCAUGAUUCGCUACCAGCAGGAUGGGAAGUAUGACGUGGGUGGAGGAGAGAGGUUUGACACGCUGGCUGACCUGGUGGAUCACUACAAGAAGAACCCCAUGGUGGAGAAGAGUGGAAUUGUUGUUCACCUCAAACAGCCCUUCAAUGCCACCAGGAUAAAUGCAGCCAACAUUGAGAACAGGGUGAAGGAACUAAACAAAGUGGCAGACAACUCAGAGAAGCCCAAACAGGGAUUCUGGGAAGAGUUUGAGGUGCUACAGCAGCAGGAGUGUAAGCUCCUCUACCCUAGGAAAGAAGGGCAGAGAGCAGAGAACAAGAGUAAAAACAGAUACAAGAACAUCCUCCCUUUUGACACCACACGGGUGGAGAUCAGGGAAGCAGACACAGAUGUGCCUGGCUCCGACUACGUCAAUGCCAACUACAUCAGAAGUAUGCAUGAAGAGGGCCGCCACUUGGAGGAGGGCAAGGUGUUCAUCGCCACCCAGGGCUGCCUUCAGAACACGGUGGUGGACUUCUGGAAGAUGGUCUACCAGGAAAACACACAUGUCAUUGUCAUGACCACCAAGGAGAUGGAGAGAGGACGGAACAAGUGUGUGCGUUACUGGCCCGACCUCAACGCCACUAAGGAGUUUGGGAAAGUGAGUGUGAAGAACGUGGAGGAGUGUCCGGCUCAGGACUACAUCCUAAGGGAAUUGGAGGUGACGCGUUUGGACAGGAGGGAGCUGGUGCGGUAUAUCUGGCACUACCAGUAUCUGAGCUGGCCUGACCAUGGCGUGCCCAACGAGCCUGGGGGAGUGCUCAGCUUCCUGGAGCAGGUCAACCGCACGCAGAGCGCCAUUCCAGACACCGGGCCAAUUGUGGUCCACUGCAGUGCAGGAAUUGGGAGAACAGGCACCAUAAUUGUCAUUGACAUUCUCAUUGACAUCAUCAACAGACAAGGAUUAGACUGUGAUAUCGACAUCCCUAAGACCAUCCAGAGGGUUCGUCAGCAGCGAUCAGGCAUGGUGCAGACGGAGGCCCAGUAUAAGUUCAUCUACAUGGCCGUCCAGCAGUACAUUGACACAGCACAGAAGAGACUGGAGGAGGAACAGAGGAACAAAAUGAAGGAGAGGGAGUACUCCAAUAUCAAAUACCCCCAGAUGACCAACACCCGGUCAAAAUCCAACAUGACCUGUGUGUCACGCUCCUCCUCUGUGGUGACGAAUGACAACCCGUCCAGCGUGUAUGAAAACUUAAACAUCAAGAACCCAAAGACCUCUGGGAGCAGCAGUAACACCAGGAGUUUCAGCAGAGGUGCCUCUUCGCCAGCGCCUGAUCCAUGGGGGGCCUGUGGAGCUCUGGCCCCGGACCCCCUGGCGGUGGACCCUACCUGGGGUGAAGGUGGAGGUCCUGACCCCUCCUAGUCUCUCCCCUUCUGCUGCCCUGCUGGCUGUCUGGAGCAUUCCCCCUCCACGGAGAGAGGGGUGUAGCGCAGGGCUCUUGUCCUUCUAUCUUCAUCCCCCUCCCCUCUCUCUCUCUCUAUGACCUCCACAUGACUUCAUGUCUCUUAUACAGGCUCUACCGUUUACUGACAGUGCCUUGUCUACAGACGUGUCUGUAACACCCCUUCCUCCUCACACAGUUGUUCCAUCUCACCACCCAAACCCCCUAUCCAUCAACCAUCCCACCGGCCCAACAAAUGUCCUUUGCUUAUUUCUGUUGACUCAAACUAAAUCGACAAAUGAAACAAACCAUUGUGUACUCUUGUGCGAUAUCAAUGUUUAAGUGAUGCUUUGCUCUGUCGUGUUCCGUCAUGAGGUGGAGGGGACAAGAAAGGAUGAAGCUAAGCCAUUUCUCUUCUCGCUCUUAGAAUUCGCUCCUCUCUCUCUCUCUCUCUCUCUCUCUCUCUCUCUCUCUCUCUCUCUCUCUCUCUCUCUCUCCUACUUGAAUCAAAGUGUUGAGCGAUUUUACCACAUGAGGCACUGGCGCAGACAAGCUUACUCCUUACUCAACCCUCUCCCAUAUCUUCAUUUUGAAAGUCGAGGAAAGUCAGGGUAUUCGCAAUGGAUAUUUUCUAUUUCUGUACAGGGAAGUAUUUCUUCAAUAUAGUUUGAGAUGUACUUGUUUAUCCCACCUGUCCCACCGAUGGUCUCUUGUGCCAAUAGAAGACGUGCAUGCUCAUCUACUUUAGUGAUUCCACCAUUACAGUUGCUGAGCGCCUAUUCAGUCAAUAAUAACAAGCUCCUCUCCAGACUUACUCAUGAAAUGUUUCUAUUUAUUUAGUUUGAAUCUGUGUCCUUUCAAUUGAUUGUUGUUUAUUUUAUUGUUAUUAUUGGUGUGAUUUUGUAAUGCACAGGAUAUGUUUUUUUAUGUUUUUGUUUAUUGGGGAAAAUGAAAAAGCGGUGCGGUAUUGCCUCCGAAGGAAGAAAGAUCCAAUUCCAUUGUUAUGAAUUGACAAAAAAGCACAAUUUUCUGCCCUGCACUUGCUCUGCAGAUCCUGGUUUAUAUGCAUGAAAUUAACAUAGUUUGAGGUCAACGUUGGCCUCAGAGAAAGUCUGCGAUGGUUUUCCUCCUAAUCGAAUGGCAUAACGAACAGGGUUAAACAUCUGCCAAGCGAGAGAUAUGAGAAGAAGGGAGAGGAUAGGAGAGAAGUCAGGAUGCUAGCCUGGCUGCCAUCGCUGAAGUCUUUAGCCAAACAUUACUGGGCCAGAUGGCCAACAGCCCAAGAUUAAAUAAUAGAAUUAUCUCCAAAAAGCAAACUACAAGAUGGCUAUAAUCCAGGCUUGACGAUGGUGGGAGUAAAAACCGACGUUAGUGAUGAUGUCAUAAGGAGGGAGGCGCCGCACAGCCUUCUGUAAUAUAUUUGUAGAUAUACAUGUACAUAAUGGGCAGUGGCUUCUUUCUGACAGAUGUCAUGCUAACUAUUCUUAGCAUUUUGCAUAAAAAUCUAAUGUUGAAGAUGUUCGCACUGGAUUUAGCCAGCGGCACAAUGAUGUCAUCCUUUUGAACAAGCCAGUUGUUUGGCUACUUAGAGGUUGUGUUACCUGCUGUGUGUCGGGCUGUACUUGUACAUGGUUCAGGCCUUUUUAACUAAGGCUUGGCAGCACAUAUGAGGGCUGCAUUUGCUACAUCGUCCCUUGCUCGUCCUAACACCAAUGCAGUAACUUUCAGUAAUACUGAAAGUAUGAAUUUUCAGUAUUUCCCUUUUAGCCGAAAUGUCUGUAAUUCAGAAAGCACAGCUAAAUCAGUCCUAAUAGGAUACGUCAUUCUCGAUAUUGUAUUCAUGCUACAUUGAACUCCAAAAGUAUUGGGACAGUGACACAUUAUUUGUAGUUUUGGCUCUGUACACCAGCACUUUUUACCAUGAUUACGGAUAGUCCUGAACGAAUCGUUAAUAAUGAUGAAUGAGAAAGUUAGACACACAAAUAUCAUAAUCCCCCCAGAAUGCUAACCUCCCUUGUUAUUGUCAUGGUGAGAGGUUAGCAUGUUUGUGCGUCUGUAACUUACUGACUCAUAAUUAUUCACGAUUCAUUCAGGACUAUCUGUAAUCAUGGUAGCAUCCACAUUAAUGUAGAAGUGUUUAGAAACACAUUCUAUUCAUAUUUACAAUAAAAGUGACUCCAAAAUGAAACAAUACAUUAUUUACCAUUCAUUUCUAUUGUGCACAAAAUAAUCUGAAACAGCCAAAACAAACAACAAAUGCAUCCAACACGUUUGUAGAGUCACAAGCUUGAUGUAAUCAUCGUGUGCUAGGAAUAUGGGACCAAAUAGUAAACUUUUGACAAUUUUAAUACACAUAUAAGUGAAUUUGGCCCAAUACUUUUGGUCCCCUAAAAUGGGGAGGACGAUGUACAAAAAGUGCUGUAAUUUCUAAAUGGUUCACCUGGUAUGGAUGAAGUCUGCACUUUAACCUCAUAUAUCAUUUCAAAUCCGAAGUGCUGGAGUGCAGAGCCAAAACAACAAUAAAUGUGUCACUGUCCCAAUACUUUUGGAGCUCACUGUAUAUUCUGAAAUCACUGGUAGCUGUAGGUAUUUUGAAAUUAAGUGGUAUGCUAUUCUGAAGUGAUCACUGAACAUUUUGUGCAAUUAUCUCUCUCCAUCAUUCGUUCAACUGCCUGCCCAACUCCUAAUCUUGCCCAAUGAAUGAAAAGUGCAUUUUUUGUUUCCUGUUUUCUUAAUUAUGUUGCACUGAUGAUCAUGAUGAUGAUGAUGUUGAUGAUUUUGUAUUGUAUUUCACUUUGCCUCUAUGGGUCAAAACGUUUUGUUAUGUGGUGAAAAAUUGAGGGGCGAAUCCUAACUUCUACUUAUGAGAAAUGUUCACUUAUUGAUGUCAGUGGGACACUGAGUGAAAACUUUACUUUGGUGGAAAUUAGCCCCUAACACAAUACUUGAAAUUCUGUUUGAAGCUUCUGAGUCCUUUAGCUGAGGGCUUGUGAUCUGUGACUGUCAGGAUGGCCAUUGCCUGUUUAAAGAGUACAGUAUGAUGAUAGUCAGCUCGACGUAUACGCCAUCAGUGUUGUAAGUUUUCUUUUCAUUUCCUAUUUUCUUUUGAAGCAUUUUGUUUUCUAUAAGAUGGUUAUUAUUAUGAUGAUUAUUAUUAUUAUCUGUGUGUCUAUUUGGUGUUAUUACACCAUUGAUAAUAACUUCAUGAUUAUGAAUUAUAAGCUAAACAGGUGUUCUUGGAGGUAUACAGUAAUUAUAUCAGUUAUUUUAUAUCUACUCUUUAAAUUUACUUGAAUAUGAUGUCGACGUAGUAAAAAAAGAAAUACUUGUUCCUUUGUUGGUUGCAAUAUGCCUGAUUUGAGUAGUGGUAUACUGACUGUUCCUGUGUUUGGAUGAAGACUGUUUCCCCCCUCUUGCACUGACUCAGCCCAAACGCCUUCUGUCCUGGCGUGUAGCGCUGAUGCAAUGAGAUGGUCAGAAAUAACAAAAUCAUUAAAUAUUUCAUAGUUUAAUAAAAAUCUAUGAAGGAAAUAUGA